GGAUUAGUAAACAUAACACCGCACUCUCUUCCUGACAAUCUCCCUGUGAAUUAUUAUUGCUAUUAACCCUUUAAAAUUUUUUGUGUAUUUGAAUACCAAUUAAUAUACUUUAAAAAAUUUUCAUCCCUACCAGUGUCAAUUUCAAAUUAUUAGAUAAUUUUGGUUCCUAUGAAAGAUGAUUAUCGAAGACCAGUGGGUCCAUUUCCAAUCCAAGGAGCUUGUGGAUUUCAGUUUCAAGUACAGCUUCAAUGAAAAACAUUUAUUUUUCAUUACUGAUCUAAAAAAUAUUUACUCCGCGUCAGUCCGGAAAGGAAACCUAGCCUCAACAUGUCCAGGAUUGGAAGGAACUGACGAGUGCUUGCUGGAGACGAUAUUUGACAAAGUAGCCGAUCAAGAUGCCAGAGCCAGUUUCAAAUCGUCCUCCUCAGGACAGUACUCCCUCGAAAUUACUAGUCAGAUAAAAGGCAGCGUUGAGAAAACCACCUUCCGGCUUGGACAGUUCAAUGAGCUAGGUGUUGAAGGGAUACACUUCCACUUGAUAGCACCGUUGAUUCACAUGCAAGCCGAGAUGGCAGCCAGGGAAAAACGGCUGCUGGAAAUAGUUUCUCAAAAGGAUGUAGCCAUCGCUGAGUACAAAACUUCUGGAGCCACAAUUCUGGCUUCAAUCGACACAUCUCCUUUUUCUGAGGUGCAACUCGAAUCUGCCUCUGCUUCCUACUCGAGUCUGAACGAAGCUCUUGAACGGUCUGGCUUGUUGUAUAGCAAAUCCGUCACGAGAACAAAAGUGAAAUCGGAAAGUGUAGCACCCGGAGUGGCUCCAAAAAGGACUCGGACAAAAUACAAUGAAGCCGCAGUGCAACAGCAAGAGCAAAUUCUGUCGUCUGUGAUAGAGGGCACGUCGAGAAUCGUGCCCAAGAGGAAAACUAAAGCGAGAAUAUGAAAUAAAGUAGCAGUGAACGUUGGUUAAAUAA